AUGCAGCCCAUCUCUCCACCAGUCUCGGAGGAGAUGCUCCAGUUUACCCUCUCCAACCCUGUCGCCUCGACCCUCUCUCCGCGCCUGGGGUCGUUGGCCAUCGCUGGGAGAAAAUCCAUCACCACGCCGCAUGUCCUUCCCUUGUCCUCCCGCGGCGCUCUCCCGCACAUCGCCCACGAUGUCCUGCGCGACCACACCUCCGUCGCCAGUCUAUAUCUUGGCUUGGAAGAUUUCUUAGAAAGGCAACACAUCAAGAGUGAACCUCCCCUCUACAAAAUCCCCACGGCCCCCCAUGAAUCGGCUCUCCGCAACUUCACCUGUCUCCCCGACGAUAUCGCCCUCAUCAUGGGCCCCCGCCGAGUCCCCCCCAUCGCCUGUCCCCCGGACAACACGACCAACUCGAUCGCCAUCUCCACCAUGUUCGGAUUCCGCCAGUUGGAGGCCACCCAGUACGUCGACGCCGUCCGGAGACUGUGCCCGGACAUCGUCGUCGGCCUAGCCGAUCUUCGACCGGGACAGUCGCCCGGCGCCAAACGCCGCGGCAAGAUGGUCGACCGCACCCAUGCGUACACCAUGCACGCCACCGAGCAGCUCUACGGCAGUGCCAUCCCCGAAAGCAGCCGCUCCCCGGCGGCCUACUUCGCCCCCGUCCUCCCGCUCGACAACGCCGAGCAGUCCAUCUACCUCGAAGACCUGGAGCACGACCUGCGAUCGUACCUCUCCGGUCUCGCGCUAUACGAAUCAGCUUCGCUAUCCCUUGUCCCCGAUGGGCUCGCCUCCCUCCCGCGCCUACUCCUCAGCGACCCGGAAACCCCGCACGACAUUCUCCGCGACGUCUCACUAGGCGCAGACCUCCUCACGGUGCCCUUCUUGAGCGCCUGCUCCGACGCCGGCAUCGCCCUCGAUUUCGUCUUCCCGGCACCAACGUCGGAGUCGCCCAGCACGGGAGCGACAGCGCCCCGUCCCCUCGCCUUCGACCUCUGGUCCACCGACAACCACCCCACCGACACAGGGCCCCUCUCGCCCAACUGCACCUGCUACGCCUGCAAAUCCCACCACCGCGCAUACGUCCACCACCUCCUCACCGCCAAGGAGAUGCUCGCCUGGACCCUCCUCCAGAUCCACAACCUCCACACCAUCGACUGCUUCUUCGCCGGAAUCCGCGAGAGCAUCAGCCGCGGCACCUUUGACGCUGACGCCCACACCUUCCACCGAACUUACGACUCGGAACUGCCCGAAAGGAAGGGCCAGGGACCACGCCUCCGCGGCCACCAACUCCCCGCUGCAGGACCCUACCAACCCCGCCCCAACCCCCGCGCCUUCGGCCGCCUCGACGACGCCCUGCAAAAGUUCGCCGAGUCGCAGUCAUCCGUCGCUACGCCUGACACGGGCGCCGACGGCCUCGAGGAGCAUGGCUUCGCUCAGAAAGAGUCUUCCUAG